CCUCUCCAACCCACCAGGCCCUCGCACAACUCUCCCAAACCCAUACUUCCUCGAGGUGCUCCCUGAGAAGUGGACAUUCCACUACUAACUUAUCAAUUCAUCCCUGUAUUUCUUUCGUAAGUUUGCGCAUACCUUCACAACUUGCCCAUCUACGUUUUUGACCCUACAUCACCAUGUCACACAACUCCCAGGAUGAAGCUCUUCGAACUCCUCGUGGCGGUGCUUCUGAGCCUCUGGGAUCCUCUGGACCUCCUGGAUCUCAUGGUCAUUCUGGUCCUCCUGGUCCUCCUGGUCUUUAUGGUCCUUAUGGUCCUUAUGGUGCUUCUGGUGCUUCUGGUUCUUCUGGUCCUCGAGAUCCUCCUGGACUUUCUGGACCUCGAGAUCCUUCCACUUUUCGUGGAAUCCCCGCCCCGAGACCCGGAAUAGAUCAUCCUAUCUUCUAUUCCAGAGGCAACGCGGGUGUUUACGAUGUUGCGUUUUACCCACCAGCCCAGGAAUCGUCCCAGCAGCCUGCAAGUCAUGGAGAUGCGGCCGCCACGUCUCCUCGACCUAACCAUCCUUACGGAUGCUGCUGUCAAGAUUGUCGCAGCUACUACAAUCCGAACAAUUACUUCAUCAGCGGCACUCAUGACCCGGCUGGUCAUACUGGUGCUCAUCACCCUGACCCUAGUGGUGCCCAUCACCCUGGCCCUGGCGGUGCAGCACCCCAGACCCACGGGACGGGUGUGUAUACUCUAGAUAGAGCCGGCCUUGAAGCUCUCAACCUCCAAGCCCAAAAUUACAUGCACCAGACAGCUACGAGCCAACACAACCUACGCGUUCCUCAGAUGCAGUAUCUACAGCCUCCUUUCCAACCAGGCCCCGCUCAUGGUCAAGUUCCUGUCCAAGGCCAGCAUCAAGGCCCUGCUCGACGUCUUCCCCCCCGAGUCGAGUUUAAUGAGAGGGAACUCAAGGAGCUCCAGGCGUACCGAGAGCGCAAGGCACGCGAGGAGCGCGUUCGACGUUUCCGUGAGCAGAAUGAGCGAGCGAUCGGAUUCAACGAAUCCGACGAUGAAGAAUUCAUCCCCAACAUCAAAAACCCUUGA